AUGCUGAACGAAGAGGUGGUAAUGGAGUCGCUCAAGGCCAUGAGAACAAGUAAGAUAACUGAUGCGGCUGAUGCAUCCGAACACCUCAGCCAGAUUAAAGAACUUGUCGUGUGUAUCAGCCAGGAGAGGCAGCGGCGGGAUAGCGCUUUGGCUGCUGUACUCGCUCACGAAUACCAAGAAAACGGCAAAGAAUCGGGCCACUUCGCAGAAGACAAGAAAAUGUUAAGCGCCAUUCACGGGAGAUUAGCGUCAAUCUAUAGGAAGUUGGAGCAGAAUCAAGAGGAGCUACGAGCACUUCAACUGGAGCUGAACAAACGUGUUCGAUGCCUGAAUGCUGAACCUCCUACUUGCGAUACCGAGUUGAAAGAGGUCCAGGAACUCACCAACAAAUUGGAGGCGGCCAUGGUUGCGCAGACCACAUUAGAAACCCAUCGACAAGUUCUGUGCGCGGAGUUGCUGCGGCUGGAUGGUGGCGUGGGCAUGCUGACCUCGGUUAUGAUCGAACAAGCAACACAAUCUACACGAAGUUAG